UGUUAGAGACCACACAUACUCCCGCUCUUUUAGCCGACUGUAUUUUUCAUUCUAUUUUUUAAUCUGCAUAACAGUUAAAUAGGUUCCCUCACAUUUAAUACCCUCCCCAUAUUUACACCCACAAAAUGCUUGCUUUCCAGCCCAAUAACCAGCAGCAGCAGCAGCAGCAGCUCAUCUCACCAAUUACGAGCACAGGCCUGCCAAAGUACAGCCUCGUCGAGCCCAUGGGCCACCCCACAAACGCCUUGGUCGUCUACCUCUCAAACUCCAUCAAGCGCGACGUGCGCCUGCUCGCGGCCAUGGGCCUCAUCAAGGAGUCGGGCAUGAAGGUCAUUAACAGCUACCUGCCCUACGCCUCCGCCGCAACCUCCAUCUCGUCCGGCGAUGAGGAGAGCGCAAUCAUGCGGGCAUGUCAGACAGCAACAGCACACUGCCCCUAACACAUCCCUGGAAAGCGUGCAGCGGCCGGCAAGCGCCUUUGACCAGUCUGUCGACAGCUUACCCAACAUGUCAGAGGACCCCAAGCGGAUAAUCGCCCAGAUGAAGAAGCUCAACCGCCAGCGGUCCGAGACCGCCCCCCUGCGUCCCGUGCAGAAGCACGAUCACAGCCCCGACCAGCAUCAAAGCCAGAAUCAGCUGCACCAACUGCACCUCCAAAUCCAGCGCGGGCCCAGCUCCCCGCGCAAGGAAAAGACGCACAAGCACGAGGGCCUGAGCGCCAAGCUGGGCGCCUUUUUCAACAAGCUCACGCUGGAUGCUGAGACCAGCCCCAGGCUAAAGUCGACCAAGGGCUUGGCCUUCACGCCAGUCAACAGCCCUCGCACGCCGGGGUUCCCAGCGCAUCAGUUGGGCGCCUCAGCGGCCAGCGUGGCCUUCCCAAAGUACCCGGGCACCAUGGGCUUCCAGAAGCCGGCGUCCACAUGCGGCGCUGCAAACGACGCUGCCAAGCGCAGCAACGAGCGCAGUCUCUCCGAUGCGCCAAAGUCGCCCCAGAUCUCGCGCAUCAGCGCUGCGGUGAAGACCGAGCCUAGACUGACACACCGCGUCACGGUCAGCCACUGCCAGGCACCGGCCCUCGGCAUUGCCCCGCGCCAGCACCAGCAGCUGCUGCGGCUCGAGCAGGACACCUGCGCAAGGCAUCCCAGAGCAGCCAGCUGUCGGGCGUCAGUUGCACUGACUCGACUGCCACAGCGGGGUACUCGUCGACGGACUCGGUACGCUCUGGCUCUGGAUCAGGCUCUGGCUCGGACGCGGCCUCGUCUGCGCGGUCGUCCCACAUAUCGUCGAAGGCAUCGAAGGCGUCGACAUUGGCGACGCGCAAGCGUAGCUUCACGCAUCUCGGGCUGUCAAUGGAGCUGAUGUCGGCAGACCAAGGCGAGGCGCAGCAGUCGACGUCGUCGCGCGGCCCGCAGCUGCGGCGCACAAAGCCCGCGGCCAACAUCUCGGCGCUGCAGGCCAAGUUGGUGUCGCCAUGCGGCAUGUCCGAGGGCAUGGCCCGGCUGGCGGCGCCCACAAACUCGCUAGGGCUCGUCAUUCAGACGUCGUCGGCGGCUAUUGCGGCCAAGCCAAGGCCACUGC